CAAAAAUCAUGAAUUUUGUUACGAGUUUCAAUCAGCCCCGCAUUUGAGCACGCUACAAAAUUUACACGAAUUUUCCAAGACUCGAUCGUGGUUUCUGAUUUGUCGGUCGGUAGAGUAUCAAAGAAUUAUUCGACUGAAUCAAAUAAAGUCUUUGGUUUGAAAGUUGUACCGUAAGAUUAUUUGAAGACGAGAUGGCUGAAGCUGACCAAAACAAACCGGUCUGUCCUGUAACACCGGUGGAGGAGGAAGAAGGUCUCGUUGAUCCUCAAGAAAAGUUUCGAAAAAUAUGUCGCAAGACGAAAGAAUGUUCCAGACUCUUUGAGGAGCUCCAAGCUUGCAAUGAUCGAGUCAACAGUCGGACCAAAACUGCCGAGACUUGCAUGGAAGAGGUGAUUGACUUUGUCCACUGCGUUGACCAUUGCGCAGCAAAAAAAUUCUUUCCACUUCUGAAGUAAGAGUCUUCGCCUUCCUCGGUUUGAAUUCGCUAAUCAAUACUAAUCAUUAAUAUUUAUACAAGAAUUAUUAACAUAAAAUACAUUCCUAAAAUCCUGUGUUUGAAUUUAAUUAUAUACCGAUAGAAAAUGUCUCAUUCUGUCAAUCUAUAAUUGAAUUGUACGGCUUUUAAAUAAAUAAAUCCUGUCUUAAUAUAUACUGGUUCGUAUGAUAGAGCUAUAUAGUAAUCGGUUUGUACACAGCAAUACGAUUAAUUACUUAUGUUCGUAUGAUUCCUUCUACUCUUAAGCUAAACAUUACAAUCCCGUGUUUGCGUUAUGUUAUGUCAUCAGAGUACAAAUAAUAAUAAAUGGACAAUUAAAAUAGUA